GGGAUGGGGACGAGCCAGGGUGGGGCAGGGAAAUCCAAAGGACAUGAUGGAAAGCCAAAUCCUACAAAAGGGGGAGUAAUCCAAUAAAGAGGAGCACAGGAGUCGCUCCUCCAUCUCUCUUUCAAGAACCAAAGACACACACAGCACAUCACAGGACAGGAAUUGUUUGAAUCCAAGAUGGCAGAACGUUAUGACUGCCACUACUGCAAGGAGUCUUUGUUUGGGAAGAAGUAUGUUCUGCAUGAUGAAAAUCCAUACUGUGUGAAGUGCUAUGAGAGCCUCUACUCCAACACCUGUGAGGAGUGCAAGAAACCCAUUGGCUGCAACAGCAGAGAUCUGUCUUUUAAGGACCGCCACUGGCAUGAUGACUGCUUCCACUGCUUCAAAUGUCACCGUUCUUUGGUGGACAAGCCGUUCUCCACCAAGGACGAGCAGCUACUUUGUACUGAGUGUUACUCUAAUGAGUAUUCCUCUAAAUGUUUUGAGUGCAAGAAGACAAUCAUGCCAGGCUCCAGGAAGAUGGAGCAUAAGGGGAACAGCUGGCAUGAGACCUGCUUUACCUGCCAGCGCUGUCAGCAGCCUAUUGGAACCAAGAGCUUCAUUCCUAAGGACAACAAUAACUACUGCGUGCCCUGCUACGAGAAACAAUUUGCACUGCAGUGUGUGCACUGCAAGAAGCCAAUCACCACUGGAGGUGUGACCUACCAUGACCAGCCUUGGCAUAAGGACUGCUUCUUGUGUACUGGCUGUAAGCAGCAGCUCUCUGGCCAGCGCUUCACCUCUCGUGAUGACUUUCCCUAUUGCCUCAACUGCUUCUGCAAUCUGUAUGCCAAGAAGUGCGCUGCCUGCACCACCCCUAUUAGUGGUCUGGGAGGCAGCAAAUACAUCUCCUUUGAAGAGAGACAGUGGCACAAUGACUGCUUCAACUGCAAGAAGUGUUUGGUGUCCCUGGUGGGCCGCGGCUUCCUGACGGAGAGAGAUGACAUCCUGUGUCCUGACUGUGGCAAAGACAUCUGAUCAGCACUGCAGUUCCUAACAUUUUAUUCUUUUAUUAAAUAGCUUAUAUUCUUAGAGUUCAUUAGCAAAGCUUUUAUCAAAGGUAAUAUAUUUGUCUAAAAAAAAGUUCUCUUUAGAUAAUUAACUUUAAAGGGGCCUGUGCAAGCCAAGGCCUAUUAUUAACAAGUGACCUGACAUGUGGCCAAGUAUGGUUACCCAUACUCGGAAUUAGUGCUCUGCAUUUAACCCAUC